UCUAUCCAUCCAGACAUCUACUUGUUCGUGUAUUCAUCUAUCUACAAAACCUCAUCAACCUAUCUUCAUUACCAAAAGCCACCAUGCAACUCACCAUCGCUCUGUGCGCCACCAUCCUCGCCUCUGCCAUCAAAGCAGCACCCUCUCUUCUACCUCGCGAGACAUUCCCCCUAGUUACUGUUUCGAUAACAGACGACCUCACGGGCGCCAACGCUGCUGUUACCGUUCUCAGCGACGGCCUCGCACGCAACCUCACCACUUUCUUCCAAGGCACCGCUAUCGACCAGCAAGGCGCUAUCUUCGGUACUUCGGCCCAGCUCAUCAAUUUUACUCCAAAGACGCACUGCUUUUUCCAGAAUUACAACCAUAUCAUCCAAUUUAAUGGCAAGGAUAAGACGUUUGUUGACUUGGAUAGGAAUGCAGAUCAGGCUAUUCCAAUCCAAUUGAAUGGGUUCAACUUGCAGUGUUCUGAGCGUUAGAUAGGAUUGUGCUGACGAACUCAAAUUGGAACGAGUGCGUGUGUUGUGUUGGUUGUGUAGCAUUUGUUUUAGAGCGUAGAUAUGACCACGGCUCUGUUGAGAAUUUGAUUUCUUUUGGUUUUA